GCUACUCUUAGAAACAAAAAAAAGAACGAUAUGAACCGCUCCGAGCCGAUUCCCAUCCGGAGGGACCGCUCUUUCGACAGCGUACUCAACCGACUGCUGCGGAUGAGGUCCCAGAACCAUGAGAGUUUCCGCGCCGCCAUGUACAACUUCCUAAUCGCCGCUGGAGUGGCGGCCUUCGUGGCCGUCUGCUUCAUCCUGGGACCCUUCGUUCGCCCCCUGCUGUGGGCCUUCCUCAUGGGCGCCGUGCUCUUCCCGUUCAAACGGCGGCUGGCGGAGAGCGUGAACGGUUGGUUCCAGCGACUGGAGGAGCGCGACUCCAAUGUACUGGUCUCCAUCUGCCUGUCCCCGCUGGAGGCCACCGAGCACUGCGGUCGGCUGCUGAUCGGCUGGCUCUGCGAGCACUGGCAGCUACUCCUGGCCGGAUGCGGAGUGGCCGGGUGCAUCAAGCUGCUCGUCCUGUACGCGCCGAAGGGUUUCCUUUUGGCCCUCUGGCACUGGAUAACCUUUUCGCACGGCCUGUUCGUCCAAAUUAUCGGAUUCCUCAACGUGUAUGUGCUCAUCUCCCUGGUUGUAGUCUACUUGAGCUGCGUCCACUUCUUCUGGAAGCCGGAGAACAGCUCCCAUUUCGUGGUGGCCGGCCAGUCCAUGUGGAUAGCGGUGGCCGGCUAUCUGAGCAGCUUCCUUGGCGCCCUCCAGGUGCCGGUUUUCCUGCUGGUCAUGGCGUAUGUAACAGCCUCCACGGCAUAUCACCUGCAGACGAUAGAGGACUCGGGAUCCUACCUGCACCGCCUGCAAAAGUUGUUCGACAAGAACGAUUUUGAGCGAUCGCUGAGCAACUUUAGCAUUUGCGGCAGGCCAAGUGGUGAGCCACUGAGUCCGGGUCUGCAGUCGGAUGUGGAGGACAUAUCGCUUAGCGAUACAGUUGACUCCACGGACACAUUCGAUGCCAAGCCGGGAGCAGAAGCUACCGGCCACCAGAGCGAUACGUUCUUUAAGCUGCUGUUCUACGCCUGUCUAGGCACUUUCCUUUAUCGCAACGUCUGGAUGUUUAUACUAGCAGCUGUUCCAGUACUGCUGCACCUCAUCUACACCGUGGGAGCUUAUACGGGAAUCACCCAGUUUGCUUGUAACAAAAUCAGCGAAGUUUACGCAGCACUGCGAUCGUGGGCCAUCGAACACCACUCCGCCGUUCUGCCGCUUUGUCUGCCUGGUGUUUUGGAACUAAACUACAAGAUCAACACCAUCGUGCGGGACUCGUUGAAGUCCUCCGUUGAGUCAGUCACUUCCAUCCUAAUGAUCAUCCUCAUGCUGCUCAUCAUUGUGUUUUUGAGCGUGUUCUUCUGCGUGAACAUCUACUCGGAGACGAUUGAGGUUGCUUACCUGGGCAAGGAUCUAAUUAACAAGACGAUCACAGAUCGGCCUGAGCUAAUUGAUAUUUUGCCAGCAAACAUGCAAUCGUCCAUCGAUGAUGCUCUAGAUAAUGCACACCACUACGGUCGCCGUAAGAUUGAGACCUACAUUGACGACUGGUUGGCGGAUGCUGACAAGGUGCACGCCACCAAGCUGAAGGAGCAAAUCCUUGACGUGUGGGACAGACUCAUCCAGUACUGGAUCGAUUUCAACAAGGCGGGCACUUCGUAUGGUCCGCGCGUGCCAACGGAUGCGCUGAAAAGCACAUUUGGGGAGAUUGUCGACAAUCCAGGACAUUUUAAAGAGCUAGUUUUAGUGGCUAAACAGGGCAUUAUCGGCUGGGCGCAGAGCAAUACGCAAACGAUCCUUGAGGUUGCGGAGUCCUUGUGGCACAUCAUUCGCACCAAUCUCUCGAUGAUUAUGGGCGUGACCGGAGAAAUUCUAUCUCUUGUGCUGUCUGGCGGACAGGCAUGCAUAGAAUUCAUAUUGGACAUGAUUGUAUUCUUUACGGCCCUGUUUUAUCUGCUCUCGAGCAGUCAGGAGAAGUACGCGCCGCUGCAAAUCACCAAAUACCUGGGCUACUCCAGUUCGGGUAUUAAAAUCGCCGAUGCCCUGGAGAACUCCAUUACAGUGGUCCUAAUCUCAAUGUUCCGGUGCUCCACAUUUACCGGCUUGUUCACCUGGUUGGUGCACACGGUAUUUGGUGCACGGAUAGUAUUCCUUCCCUCCGCCUUGGCGGCCAUGCUGGCGGCGGCUCCUUUCCUCGGCAGUUACUGGUGUGCAGUGCCAGCCUUUCUGGAGCUGUGGCUCGCCCAGGAUAGGUUUUAUGCAGGACUCAUACUGUUUCUGCUCCAGUUCUUUGUGCCCUCGUCUUUUGAAACGGCCAUUUAUGCUGAUCUCAAAGGUGGUGGACAUCCGUACCUGAAUGGCCUGGCCAUUGCCGGGGGCAUGUAUUGGAUCGGCUGGCAGGGAGCCAUCUUUGGACCCUUGAUGCUUUGCUUCUUCAUCGGUCUCUUCGAGGUGGCCACUCUGGCCAUGCGCAGCCAUCAAGAGCCCAGAAACAGCACCGAUGAGGAGACACGGACCACGUGAGUUGGCAUGGCGCCGAAACUACGAAUUUCCUUCUAAUACUCGAACUGCAAACUAACAUAAGCUGUGUGGCCAAAUACCUGACAAUCAAAAUGCGAUUGGCCCGAAUAUCACACCCUAGAGUUAGGCUGCAUUUUCCUUAAACUAUUGUUGAUAGUUUCUCAGUUGCUAAUCCUUUCGCCUUGCAAAUUGUGUUCAGUUUUAUACUAAAAUUUUUAAGUAUUCAA